GGAUCACACCCUUGUGAUUCAAGACAUGUAAAGUUCUAGAUGACAUUAUUAUUCCCUUAAUCCCUUUGGUAUAUCAUUACUCAAAUUUCCAAACAAGGAAAUAUUGGAAUCCAUAGGCAAGAUAGCAUGUCCAAUCUUAUAGAUCAAAAGUGAUAUUUUGGAGAAUACAAAGAAAAUGACACAAUAUAAAGCAUCAAUCCUAGUACUAGAUUUGAAACAGAAAAUGGGGUCAUGGACAGCAAAGCAGAACAAGAAGUUCGAAGAGGCACUGGCGAUAUACGACAGGGAGACGAGGGACAGAUGGGAGCAGAUAGCGAGGUUCGUCGGAGGAAAGUCGGUGGAGGAAGUGAAGAGGCAUUACGAGGUGCUUGAGAAGGAUGUGAUGGCCAUUGAGAAUGGGAGGGUGGCUAUGCCAAAGUACAAAACUACCCCUGAAUCCUGCACCACCAAGCACCACAAAAACAUUGAAAUGGGAGGUGGUGGUGAAAUCGUGAUAAACACUCUUGCCUUGGCAGCCCUCUUCGGCAUCCUCGGUAAUGGUGUGUCAUUUUUGGUAUUCCUAUCAUCAAUGCCAAUGUUCUGGACAAUCCACAAAAGGAAAUCAUCAGAGGGGUUCACAGCCAUACCAUACUUGGUGGCACUUUUCAGUGCAUCAUUGCUGCUGUAUUAUGGGUCUCUCAAGACCGAUGCACUUCUUAUUGUCACCAUCAAUGCAUUUGGAGUUGCCAUUGAGCUCUUUUACAUCAUGGUUUUCUUAUUUUAUGCUACCAAUAAGGACAGGUGGUUCACAAUAGGGAUUCUAGUAGUCCUGAAUGUGGUAAUAUUUGGGGCGUUCGUAAGUCUAACUUGGCUUUUCACCGAAGGCGAGAAAAGGGUUAAGAUUGUGGGAUGGGCUUGUGCUUCUGUCAACGUUGCCGUCUUUGCCGCUCCUUUGGCCGUCAUGAGACAAGUGAUAAGAACAAGGAGUGUACAGUUCAUGCCGCUGGGUCUAUCGGUGUCCCUCACACUCUGCGCCACCACUUGGUUUUUCUAUGGGCUCUGCGUAGCCGAUUAUUACAUUGCGUUGCCGAACGUGGGAGGGUUCUUGUUGGGAGUGGCACAGUUGGUUUUGUAUUGGAUUUACAAAGACUCCAAAAACGACGGAGAAGACGACAUUGAAGCAAAAGGCGGCUACAUCGGAGACGCCCAUACUGCAGAGAUGGAAAUGAUCGGCCGGUCUCCUCGUGGCGGCGGCGGCGGCGGCGGUAACGCCCACAACAAUUGAUUCAUGCAUAUGUUCCAAUGUCUUUUUCUUUUAACUUACAACAACAACAAUCGAGUAAAAGAUAUAUAUAUCCCAUCAAAAUAUUCAUAAUGCCCUAAUAUAAUUAGCUUGCGCGUACAGAUGCUUUAAUGAAUUAGUUAGGGAUAA